AUGGCAUUUUUCAAAAAUUUUCAGCAAAAUCUGAACCUACCUUCUGUGUCCUCUUUGGUUGACACACUCAGUAAUGCUGUAGAUGAUCUAACCAGUGCUGUUGGAGAUGUAAGCUAUACUGUAGCUGAUUCAGUUACAGAGCAGGUAACAAACAUGAUCAACAGUCUUCGAACAGAUGAAACCACUAGAAUACAAGAAGAUAAAUCUGAAGUAGGUAAAGAGGAAAAUAAAACAAAUAAUGAUAAAGAUAUGAGAGAAAAAAGAUGUGACAUGGAAGAGAAACACAAACAAGAUAAAAUGCAGAAACAGCUCAGUGCCUUAGAACCCAGUGAGCUGAAUGAUUCAGAAGUACACAAAAAAAUAAAUAAUUCAAUAAUACAUGGUCAACACAAGAGACAAACAGGAAAUAAGUACCUGGAGAAGAUGUUGCCAGAAGAUAUUGGUGAGAACUAUGAUACAUGUAGAAUUGAAGCAGCCCUUCACGAAAAGCCUAGUAAAGAACUGUGUACAGAGCUAGAACAAUCUAAGGACCUGUUGCAGAGAAAAGUAAAAAAAAGAUCACCCGAAGCUGAUUUCAAGGAUGCCAAAGAAGCACAGAGUACUGUAUCAAGGAAUUUGGAAGCAAAUGAAGUACAAACAUCAAAAUUGCCAGAGCCAGGGUCUAAAAAAGUACACAGCCUUCAUGAAGUAAAAGCUAAAAAACCCCAAACAUUUUCUGAAUACCCCAGACAGUCUGUAACAAAACAGAAAGAAAAUGCAUCAGCUACUCUUUCAAAGGAAGGUGCAAAACAAAAGCAUAAGGAAUCAGAAAAUUUUUCAAAAGAAGUGAGUAGUAAGAAGACACCAGCCAAAGACAAUUCAUACAUAAGUAAAGAACAGCAUGGUUCAUCAUCUGAAAGUGAAGAUGAGGCAGUGGGUAAAUACCAUGAAGCCUUGUCCAGAACUCAAAGUUCAAGGCCACCAGCCGGUGAUAAUAGACAACAGAAAAACUAUAUUUGGGAAACCAGACAAAAAUAUAGUCCUCUGUCUGCAGAGUAUGAUGGGUACAGUAGUGAAGCCUCAAUAGAUGAAGCUAACUGCAUUCAAAGAAUGAGACAAACGCCUCCUCUUGAUGAACUGCAGCCUCCACCAUACCAAGAUGACGGUGGCUCGCCACACCUUUCAUGUACACCCUCUGAAGUUGGUGACAGCAAAUGUGAAUUUUCUCAGUGUAGCAACAGUCCAAGAUGUUCAUAUAAGUGUCCAAGUGAAGGAAGUACUGGCCAUGAAAUAGAAAGCUUCCAUAAUAAAGGAUAUGAAGAAGAUGUGCCAAGUGAUAGUACUGCUGUCCUUAGUCCGGAAGAGGUGUCAGCUCGAGGAUCAUCAUCACAGCUCCCUAAAUCUUUUGAUCCUGAACCAGAAGCUAAAUAUGGCACGCUGGAUGUGACUUUUGAUUAUGACUCGCAGGAACAGAAGCUUCUGGUAACAGUGACAGCUGCUACAGACAUUCCUACUUAUAACAGGACAAGUGGAAGUUCAUGGCAAGUACACCUGGUUCUUCUUCCUAUCAAGAAGCAAAGAGCAAAAACCAGCAUCCAGCGGGGCCCAUGCCCUGUCUUCACAGAGACAUUCAAAUUUAAUCAUAUUGAAUCUGAGAUGAUUGGGAAUUAUGCCGUACGCUUUAGACUGUACAGUGUGCACCGCAUGAAAAGAGAGAGGAUUCUAGGAGAAAAAAUAUUUUAUUUAACCAAAUUAAACCUUCAAGGGAAGAUGUCAGUACCAGUGAUACUGGAGCCAGCAUACAGUAUUUCUGGCUGUGACUCCCAAAUGAGCAUGUCAGAAAUGUCCUGCAGUGAAAGCACCUCCUCUUGUCAGUCUCUGGCACAUGGCUCAGCUCCAGAAAUCCUCAUUGGACUGCUUUAUAAUGCCACAACUGGAAGACUAGCAGCAGAAGUGAUAAAAGGCAGCCACUUCAAAAACUUGGCAGCAAACAGACCACCCAAUGGACUGUUCUGUUGUCUAAAACACUUGAUAGGUGGACAGGUUUAUAUAAUACGAGAUACCUAUGUUAAGCUGACAUUGCUGAAUUCCAUGGGUCAAGAGAUGUCCAAAUGCAAGACAUCCAUCCGAAGAGGGCAGCCAAAUCCAGUAUACAAAGAGACCUUUAUUUUUCAGGUGGCCCUGUUUCAGCUUUCAGAUGUGACACUCAUAUUAUCUGUUUAUAAUAAACGCAGCAUGAAACGAAAGGAAAUGAUAGGCUGGAUUUCUUUAGGGCUGAACAGUUCUGGAGAAGAGGAACUAAACCACUGGACUGAGAUGAAGGAAUCCAAAGGACAACAAGUAUGUAGAUGGCACUCUUUGUUAGAGUCUUAA